GCGAGCCUGCGCAGCUACUAUAAAGCCUCGCCGGUCCGGUGGCGGAAACAAGCGCACCGAACCAGACAGGAGACAAAGCAAAUCAAGCACUGAUCUGAUAAACAUGGUGAAGAUCACCUUCCAGCCUGUGUCGGCGCAGAAGCCCGAAAAAGACAACGAUCCGGACAAGAUCACUUUACCACAACCUUACGAAAAGGUGAUUCCUCAUGUCAAGCCUGGGCAGGUGAUUCCCUCCAGGAAGCCUUUUCCAAUUGGCCUUUGCUGUCUCGCCUUCGGUCUGCUGGUAUUCCUGACGGGACUGGUGCUGGCCUCAGUCUACACUUACCGUCACUACUUUAUACCUCAGCACAUCCCAGAGGACAGCUUAUUCCACUGCCGGGUCAUCUACGAGGACUCCAUUUUCGCCCCCCUGAGGGGACGACAGGAGCUGGAGGAGAAUGUCGGCAUUUACAUCGAAGACAAUUAUGAGCAGAUCAGUGUGCCUGUGCCACACUUCGGAGGCAGCGACCCGGCUGACAUUGUGCACGACUUUCAGAGGGGCCUCACUGCUUAUUUCGACAUUGCCUUGGACAAAUGCUACAUCACAGAGCUGAACACAACCUUGGUGAUGCCGCCUCGAAGCUUGUGGGAGCUGCUUAUCAAUGUCAAGAGGGGGACGUACCUUCCUCAGACGUACAUCAUCCAGGAGGAGAUGACGGUGACGGGGCGGGUGAGGAACAUGAGGCAGUUGGGCCCAUUCAUCCACAGACUGUGCUUUGGCAAAGAAACCUAUCGCCUUAGACGCCGGAAUCAGCGUCAACGUAUCGAGAGGCGUGAGACAAAGAGAUGCCACAAGAUUCGUCACUUUGAAAACACUUUUGUGGUGGAGACCGUCAUCUGUGACAGGUUCUAAAAUCUGAGGCGGAAUCACAGCCAUCCAGCACCCAAGCCAACUUGAAACCAUACCUCUGGAAUUCCUUAGGCGUUUAAAAACUGCACUUUAAGAGCAAACCAUGUUUGUCUUUAGUUCUCGUCUCAACUUGAAAUGCUCUUUUAUUGUUCGUGGACAAUGUCGAUGUUAUUUGUCGUUUGAGUUGUCUAAAUCGUAUUUAUCUGUAGUUGGUCUUGAGCAGAAAACAUGUUUUAUUUUUGAGUCCUUCAGUGCAGCUUGGAUGAAGCUGUUCGCACUCUACUCAUGUGCACAGUAGUUUCUCCAUAUUUGUUUAUUUGUCAACAAAUUGCAAGACAUACCUCAUGUUGUUAAUAUGUUAAUUUCUUUGUUUCUAUUAGUACUGAAUUAUGUACAUAACUGAUUGUUCUUGAGCAAUAUAUACUGUAAAUUAGUUUCUUUAACAUCAUGUUGCAUAGAUUUUUAUGGAAAAAUUCACUCGUGAAAGAUCAUUUCUGAAUGUUUCAGUGUCACUUUUACAUAUUUCUUGGAUAUCAAGGCUUUUGACUGUAAUUAGUAGCAGUGCUGUAGAUGGAUAGAGGGAACCAAAGUCUGCAUUCAGUGACGAUUUUAAUUUUUUUUAGUUUAGAUCACUCACUGUAGAUGAUGUAUCAAAGGUUUUCACCUUACUUAGGCUCUUCCUUUUCUUCACGAAGAUAUUCCUGUUGUCUUUAGCUCCUUACUCAAUCACAUUCUAAAAUGAUUGAUCUUCCCAAAUGAUGAAAUAGAUUUGGGUUGUUUUGUAAUGUUUAUGUUCCAUUGUCUUUAAAAGUUCCUGUUUUCUGUACAGUUCUAUUCUCUUAUCUCACUGCUUUAAAAAUAAAUGAUUAAAACUA